AUGCGCUUGAGGGAAAGUCUCCUCAGUGGUGACAACUUCGACUUGGAGACAGCCAACAGCGAUCUGCUGUCGCCGUCCCUCUUGGAAUGUGACGAGAACGUGGAUGAUGACGGAGAGUGGCCACUUGAGCUCCCAUCACCUCCAAAAGCAGACAAAUCCGCUCGUGCCGAAAGGGAGGCCAAGCAGACAGCGGCCUGUGAGGCUCUUGCGAUGGCAUUUGAAGAUCUCACCCCGCCACAUGCCGGCAGGCAGGAGGCCACAUCACCAGAGGUGCUCGCAGAGGAGGAGGGGAUGCGGGCAGAGGAGACGGACCUCGUGUCACCAUUAGUCAUGAGGCCGCCAGCUGGCGGUGGAAGGCGUGGCAUGCGCGCAUCAUUUGACCCGCGCAGAGUCAGCUUGGCCAUCGCGCAAAACUUUGACUUGGCCACGUCAGAGGGGGGCUUGCUAGGCGAGGAUGAGUUUCUGGAGCUGACCGGGAAGCUGGCGGCGCCGCAGCCGCGGCCGCAGCCGAGCGCGGAUGCUCUGAAAGCCGCUGCACUGCGCGCAUCCAACAGCGCCUUCGCAGGAGAGGGCAAGAUCCGCGCGCAUCGGCCGGAGCCGCUGACUGUGGCUGUCCCUGGGGAUGGCGGCGAUGAGUCACCGGAGGUGGGUCCAGUCAUGGCUGAGUCACCCCUGGCGGCCCGGCCGCCGCGCCGGGGGCCCAGUCAGGCCGCGCCCCGGCCGCCGCCAACUCAGCAGUCGCUAGCCAUGCGCGACAGCAUGGCGCUCUUCCUGCAGCUGGAAGGAGCUGUGAAAGGGGAGAACGGCUUUGCAGCAGACGAUGUACUGCGGCUAAAUCGGGGUGCCACGCCUCAGCUGUUCAGCAUCGCAGAGAACUGUGAUGUGGCUGAUGAAUCAGAAGACAGAGGAGUGGAGCAGGCUUCGCUGCCAAGGGCACCGCACAGUGCUGCAAGGGCGGAGCCCUCACAGGCGCAGGGGGGAGCCGAAGGCAUGCGCGACAGCAUGGCGUUCUUCCUGCAGCUGGAGGGGGCAGUGGAGGGCAGAAACGGCUUCAAGCCGAACGAUGUACUCCGCCUGAAUCCGGCUGCCGCGCCCAAAGCCGACCACGUAUCACUCUUGCCUCCUUCAGCGCCUGAACAGGCUGCACACGGGACCACUUCAGACAUUUCCCACACCAGGUCUGAUCAGCAGCAAGCCACCAGCAUCCUGCAUGCACCACCGCCGUCCAAGAUCCGCAGGCCCACACUGGCUCCAGCGGGCAGACCAGCCUCCCACAUCCCCUCACACGGUCCCACCGCCACCGCCGCCACACAACACGCGGCAGCUUCCGGCAUCGAUCGCGCUGACGCAGCGCGCACCGCCGAGAAGCCGGCGACGUCAUCGCUGAUGUCAGCGCGGAGGACCGACGCGGCCCAAAACAGGCUCCUACCCAGGGAGCUGCCCGCGCCGGGCCGCCCGGGCUUCCCGGCCGGGCGCGCCACUACGGGCGCUACAGGCCGGGAGCCCGUUACGGGGCCGGCAAGCUACCGCGCUACGGGGCGCCCGGGGUUCCGCCGGCCGACGCUUGAGCCGCCAAUAGAAAAGACGUCGUCCCCGUCCUUGCUGCGCCGGGUCGCUCCCCGAGUGUUCGCAAGCCGGUCUGCGGCAGCCCCACCGCCAGCAGAGGCGACGGCCGCCGUCGGUCCACUCGCUGCGGGCAGGGCGCGAUCUCACGCGCCGCCCGCUCAGCCCCGCUCCGCCCACACCUCGGCGACGAGGACGAGGCUGCAGAGCGGCUCAGCCGACAGAGCGCUGCAGCCAAAACAGGCGCCGCAGUCUCGCCUGCCCAGACCCCCCACCAGCAUUCACAGGACACCGACGCCCAAGAAGGGAUCGAUCGACUUCCAGAAGCUGCUGGAAGAUGCUAUGAAUGUGGGAGACGCAGCAGCAUUCGCAGGCAAAGGCGGGCUGAAGAACUCGCCGUUGGACGCAAAGCCGGAGCCGGUGCGCAAGGCGCGGCCCACGGCAGAGCAGCGCCAUUUCCAGGAGUACCGAGACUGCUGA